GAUUUAAGUGUUCGAUUUAACUGACUCAAGCCAUUGUCAAUAGCCUGCUUGUAAACUGGUUUGCAAUUGCCUGGGUUAUUUCCAGCAUCCUAAAUCUAAAUAGCUUUUUCUUUGGAUAACUUUUGAAGCAUUUUUGUAUCAAGUGGCUACUGCACAAAAAGUUAGCUGAAAAUGGAUUCUAGGUUAAUUGCAGAAAAUCUAUGGCACACAUCCCAGACGGUUUUGACCGUUGCAGUUGCAACUGUCAGAUUUAGGGGGAGUGGUUUAUUUCAGAUUCUUGUAAUUUCCAUAAUAACAUUUGAUGAUUCAGUUCCAUUUUUUCGGAAUAUUCAAAUUGUAUUUUUUCCCAUCGGUGAAAUUUUAAGCAACGACUGCCUAAUUUUCUGCAUUUUCUGCCCCCUGAAAACGAUGUUCAAUAGCGAUAAUCCUGGCUGGGUGACAGAUGCGAUGAGCCCCGUAACUCUUUCGGUGCAUAUUCAAAUUGUUCUGUCGAAAGUAGAUGACCCAAACUAUUGUACACGUGCAUUUGUCUAAAUGUCUCUUACAAGGUGUUCAACAACUCUUUGUUCUUUUUUCCUCAAGCUGUUGUCUCCCUUGCAUCCAUGAUGUAGAAAAACUACCAUAUUGAUUUUAUAUUUUGCUACUGUUCUGAAAAGAUAAUUCUGUUUUUUUGUGAUAUCUAGCCUUUGCUAAUUGCAUCAAGGUAGGGCGUAGUGCUGAUUACAGGCCACACCCUUUACCACCGCCAUUUUUCUUUUGCGAAUCUGCAACAGUCAGGUGUUUUCUGGAUCGUCUCUGCAUUAGACAUGAUUUAUUUUCUUAAUGUUGACUAAAGAUUUCGCUUCAGCUCUCAUUUUCACUCAGUUUACGGCUUUUUGCCACCAUUUCCAAAUACGUGCCCAUAACCGACUUAUUGUGAUGCUAGCAAUUAGACUUCCUUUAUUUUUACAUAUAUCCAUGUCAACAAGACAAUAUAGGAUUGGGGCGAGUGAAAUGAUUCAAAUGCUUUUCUUUAAACUCACUAAUCUUGUUUUUGAUUACCAUUGAAAACUUAACAGCCGCUGCGCGGUCAUCAGCGAGUUUACUGGGGGCCAGCGAGUUUAUUUGGGGCAAGCAAGGCAAUAGAUGAACAACGGGUUAAUAUUUACACUUGCUAAAUGUAGAAUAACUGAACUCAGAAAAGUAAUCUGGUCUGCAAGCUUCUAGUUAGAAUUAAAAAAAUUUACCGUCUUCUUUACUCUUGAUCUUCCACCGAAAUUCCUUAUUUCAACCACUACCACAUCAGCAAGAUACCUGAUCUGAUCAUUUCAAGAUUUGUUCUGUUUCUCAAAAUGAGGGCAGGUCCGAAAAUAUUUUUAGAGGGUGCAGAUUCCCAAAUUUGCCGACAAAAUGGCCUUCCAAAGGUGUGACUGUUGGCAAUAAGACAAUGCGACCGAUUAAAAAUAUACAGACAAUCUUUUAGGCAGGAAUUGAGUCAUUUCAUUAAAUUUGCCGACAAGCCCAAAGUAGGGGAAAAAAGUGUAGCAAUGGGCUUUAAAAAUUUUUUUUGAUCAAAAUUAAUAGCAUGUUUUGCCCUCUUUCAUUGGGCCCUCUUUUACACGGUCCUGGUUUAACAAAUAUUGUCUUUACUUUUGUGGCAACCUUUUCGUAGCGAACUUAAUUCAUCGCUAUCUUUGGGAACGUCUUUGAAUAAAGCCCUGGUAGGUUCUUUUUAAGAAUUAUUUCUGGGCUAAAUUUGAUUAGAUCUUCGUAAAACUCGUCAUAAAAUUCUGCAUCGCCAUUUAUGACAGAACAGCCCCAAAAUGCUUUGCUCGCCAUCAGAAACUUGUUUGAUCAAUACAAUCAACAAAUUGAUCGCUCUUCAGAAAUCUGAACAAUUGACAGGAGGCGAUUGAGGCGAUUCCAACAAAAUGCAGGUGACCAGGAAUAGAAAAGUCUGGCGGCGUGCCUCUGUUCUAUUUAUGAAUACAUACUUAGCAAUACAAAUUAACAAAAAAAACAAUGCUAUUGCAGGUAAUAGGAACGCACAUGUUUGUUGUUAUGCGUGCCUUUUGAAGGCUACCAAAACUUGCGUGGCCUUAAUCUUGAAAACUUGCAAAAGUCGGACAGCUGAUUCCUGACUAGUCUACUUAAAUUGGCAUGUACAGAAGAUCAAUGUUUGGUGGUGAAAAUCUUCGACAUAGGAAGGACGUAUUAGUGCAUGUGAUCGAGUCUUUUAACGAAGACUGGAAAGGCUGGGAGAAUAACAAAGACUGGAUGGAAAGGCUGGGAGAAUAACUUUUACAUCUGGUUCGCUCAAAUUGAAGCUGAGCUAGAUUUCAUAUUGAAACAAACUCAUUGACCUUAUGCACGCCGUUUUCAAAUAUGAACCUUGCUGAUGUAGACAUACGUGUCACUCUUUGCUGCUUGCACUAUGCUCACACACUGAUCAAGAAGCACAACAUCACAAGCGAUAAGUACUUUAUGGUAACCAAAGCCUGCUUCAUUCAAAAUACGACAACGCCAAAUGGCAUAGCAACAUUUACAACUAACUAUAACCAACACAUUAACGCUAAAAUAUGCUCAUCGUUACUUUCCAUCCAGCCUGAUAUUUGCAACGUCCCUACGUCAAGAGGCAAUGCUAUUUAUACUGUGUUCCUGUUUCUCUUAAUGGCUCUCAUCCUGGCAACAAACAUUUUCUAUUGCUUAGCAAUGUUUCACUCAAGAAAUCUCCUUCGUCAUCCAAGCCAUCGGUUUAUUCUGUCUCUUGCAGUCAGUGACUUACUAGUGGCCUUAGUUGCAAUGCCAAUUAUAAUCGACUUUACAUUACACAACCAAGCGUUCUGUUCCAGUAUAGAGCUGUGUCAUCUAGCUUACUUUGUUGAUCACCUCGUAUUCAUAUCACUAAUUUUGACCCUGCUGGCCAUAGGGGUCGACAGAUUUAUUACUGUCGCAAAACCUUAUAGAUAUGGACAGCUAAUGAGCCCUGCUCGAUCGAAAUUCAUCAUUGUCUCAGUUUGGAUCCUUUCUUGUUCGUUUGGUAUCACGGCAAAUGUCGAUUGGGGCAGCAUGACUUUCCAAGGUGUAGAGAUCAACCAAGAUAAAAUAUGCUUUACUCGCAAUCCUAGAUUCACAGGUGCAAUAUUGGUGACCUGCUUCUUUGUGCCUGUUGUCAUAAUGGGGUUCCUGUACUAUAGGAUAUUCCGAGAAACUCUAAAACAUGCCAAGCCUAUAGCUACUAUUGGAAAAAUCUAUGACGAAGAUGACAUUGAUGCAGACGAGAGCUCAACUGAUACAAGCUCGAAGAGAGCAUCUGGCAUGCUGACAUUUACUAUUGGUAAGAAUCGUGCUGAAAGGCCACGUCAGCAGUAUUUUUCAUGUUUUUCUAGCGCUAAACUGCGUGUGUUGAGGGUAGUCAUCAUCAUCUAUGGUACCUUCGUUCUCUGCUGGUUGCCCGGAAUAAUGAUAACUCUUCUCAACCUAUUCUCCCCUGGCCUCAUCACCUUGGAUCUAUGGUUAUAUCAUCUGUUGAAUGAAAUCCUUCCACUGAGCAACUCUGCCAUCAAUGUGUUUAUAUAUGCUGUAAUGAACGAGGACUGCAAACGUGCAAUGCAAAAACUGUUGACCUGUGGUCCAAUCCAAAGGCACAUUGAGCGCAAGAGAUUCGAACGAGAAAAGAAAAGGCGAGAGUCUGAAAAGUCUGUUGUAUUGACUUCACGCUAUACAGAAGUGUAAAGUAAAGAGAAGAUAAAAUCCUAAGGCAUAUUAACACAAGUAGAUGCAUUCAAUCCGCAAAAAUUUACUUUAAUAGCAAAAAUCCUUACACUGUCGAUCUCCAAAUCACGGGCUUACAAAUUUGGGAUGAUUUUGAUUAGGGGUAUAUAUGAGGGUAGGGCUAAUGAAAACAAGAAGAUAAAAAUAUCGCAAACUUAGCAUCUUAAAUGUAAUGAUGACUUCGUACCAUGUUCAUGAUCUUUGAGUAAAGGACAGAGGGUUGCUUCACUCUCUUGUUCGAUUCCCAACAAAAAAACUAUAAUCGAAAUAUUAUCUGUGGAAUCUCCGUACGUUUCAUAUCCCAAUUCGACGAGAAAAACAUCUAUUUAGUUGGUUAUGUUAGGGAAAAGCCUAAGUGCCUAAUGCUAAGCCAUUUAGCCGUUUUCCUGCAACACCAAAUGGAAUGCUGCUAUUUCUAAUAAAUUCUAAUUUAUUUCUAAUAUAGAUAAUUAAUGACAAAUUACUCAAGGCUCGUAUAUUUACCACUUACAACAUAAACAAAUUCUUUUUCUUGUGUUAAAUGUAUAAUGAACGAUGCUAACAUUGCUUAAAGGCAACUGGUGGAGAAACAA